UCAUAUUGUGCUUCAUCCAUCUCGUUUGGAACAAGGAUUGAACUAAUUUUUCUUUACUCUGUUCUCAACACUUUGAAAGAUCAGUUCUUGAAUCAAUUCUUUUGAUGGAGGAAGUUUCUCUUAAUACUGAUCCAGUUGUUGAUGAUGAUGCCGAUGAAUUCGAGAUUGAAGGUGAUUGUGAAAUGGCAGAAUGUGUUAGGCAAAGUGGUGUUAUUCAAGGAGAGAAUCCUCUGCCUCCUGUCGUCGGAAUGGAAUUUGAUUCAUACGAGGAUGUAUAUUACUUUUACAAUUGUUAUGCCAAGGAACAGGGAUUCGGUGUUAGAGUAAGCAACACAUGGUAUCGGAAGAGCAAAGAAAGAUACAGAGGCAAAUUGGGCUGCAGUAUUGCAGGAUUCAAGAAGAAGAGUGAAACAAACCGGCCAAGACCUGAAACAAGGACUGGAUGCCCUGCGAUGAUAAAAUUCAGGGUGAUGGAUAACAAAAGGUGGAGAAUCAUAUAAGUUGAGCUUUACCAUAACCAUUUGAUCAGCCCUGUGAGUGGAAAAUUCUACAAGUCCCAUAAGCAAUUAGGUCUUGGAACCAAAAGAGCACUGCAGAUAGACAGUGCUGAAGAAGUCCAAAAGCUUAGGGUUUUUCGAACAGUGAUUGUUGAUGUUGAAGGGAAUGGAAGUGCAGAAGUCAGUGAUGGAGAACUCCAGACUGCUCAUAACCAAACCAAUCAAUUAAGGCUUAAAAAUGGAGAUGCACAAGCUAUUCAUAAUUAUUUUAGCCACUUGCAACUGAUUGAUCCAAACUUCUUUUAUGUGUUGGAUCUCAACGAGAAAGGAUGUUUGAGGAAUUUAUUCUGGACCAGUGCAAGGUCUAGAGUUGCAUACGGUUACUUCGGUGAUGUAGUUGCAAUCAAUCGACACUUCCUGCUUAACGGACAAAUACGAAGUCCCACUGGUUUCGUUUGUUGGAGUGAAUCAUCAUGGGCAGUCUGUGCUUUUGGGUUGUGGUUUGCUUGCAGGUGAUACUAUCGAAUCAUAUACCUGGUUGUUUAGGGCAUGGCUUUCAUGCAUGUUAGGACGUCCUCCACAGGUCAUCAUCACCAAUCAGUGUAGAACCCUGCAAACUGCUAUUGCUGAUGUUUUUCCGAGGGCUUCUCAUUGUCUUUGUUUGCCAAGGAUAAUGCAAAAGGUUCCGGAUAAACUGGGUGGAUUGUAUGAAUAUGAAUCAAUUAGAAUGACAUUACAUAAUGCAGUUUAUUACUCUCUAAGGCCUGAGGAAUUCGAAACCACAUGGGAAGAUAUGAUCCACCAUUACGGAAUCAGGGAUCAUAUUUGGCUUCAAAUGUUAUAUGAAUAUCGCAGACGAUGGGUUCCUGUUUAUUUGAAGGAGACAUUUCUUGCAGGAAUGCUUCCAACCCGGCCAAAUGAGGUUGUGGAGUCAUUUUUCGGUGGCUAUCUUGAUAGACAUACUUCUUUGAAGGAAUUUUUGGACAAAUAUGAUCAAGCCCUACAGGCAAAUUAUCAGCUGGAAGUUUUGGCUGAUAUGGAAUCAAGAAAUCCGGGUUUUAUGCUAAAAUCCAGAUGUUAUGUCGAGUUGUCACUUGGAAAACUGUACACGAACAAUAUCUUAAGGAAGUUUGAACAAGAGGUUGAGGGAAUGUACUCAUGUUUUAGCACGAGACAAAUAAACGCCAAGGGACAAGUAAUUACAUACAUGGUCAGGGAACAAACUGCAGUAGAUGGAAACAAAAGGGAGACUAGGGACUUCGAGGUUUUGUACAAUGCAACCGAAAUGGAGGUGCUUUGUGUUUGCGGUUUGUUUAACUUCAAAGGGUAUUUUUGUCGGCAUGCACUGAGCGUCCUUCACCAAACUGGCAUCGAGGAGAUCCCCCCUCAAUACAUUCUAUCACGAUGGAGAAAAGAUAUUAAUAGGAGUUAUGUUAUGAAUCAUGACCACAGUGGUAUUGAUGUUAAUAACCCAGUUCAUAGGUAUGAUCAUCUUUACAAAUGCAUUAUGCAGGUUGUUGAAGAAGGCCGAAAAUCAGAAGGUCGACGCAAAGAAACGGUUCAAGCAUUAGACCGGAUAUUGAGCAAGCUUGAUCUUGUAGAGGGUCGUUUAUAAAUAUUAUUUUCGAUCCUAGAGCUUUGAAGUUGUUUGCUAGAAUGCUUUCAUUGCCAACUUUUUUUUUCAUUUAUCUUUAGGAUA